CCCCUCUUUUUCACUUUGGCCUCGGGCGCUCUUUCAUCCCAUUACAAAUGCUGUAGAGCCACGGGUCGGACGAUGGGGUAUAUAAUGACCGCUUGGUCACCCGUUGAGGGGGAUGGUGAUCGAUACGUCCAAAGUAUCGUUCCUUUGGACAUUCCAUCAAACAUUGAAGGACUUCAACGCGACAUCAACCCGAUAUCAUCAUAACACAUCAACCCUACUUCACAAUGGCCGCUACCGACUACAAGUUUGAGGGCUGGCUGGGUGACAGCCCCGAGUCAGCCAACGGCAAGAUGCGUUGGGGAGAGUUUGAGCCCAAGAAGUGGACGGAGGACGAUGUCGACAUCAAGAUCUCCCACUGCGGUAUCUGCGGUUCGGAUCUGCACACCCUCUCAUCUGGCUGGGGCCCUACACCUUACCCCUGCUGUGUCGGCCACGAGAUUGUCGGCCGAGCCGUCCGCGUCGGCAGCAAUGUCAAGGACAUCAAGGUUGGCGACCGGGUCGGUGUUGGCGCGCAGGCCCGCAGCUGCAUGAGCGCCGACUGCCCCGAGUGCUCCAUCGGCCGUGAGAACUACUGCUCCACCAAGGGCCAGCUGAUCAACACAUACGGCUCCGUCUACCCCGGCGACGAAGGCAAGUCGUACGGCGGCUACGCCACCUACAACCGCACCAACGCCAAGUUCUGCAUCAAGAUCCCCGACGGCGUGCCCUCCGAGUACGCCGCGCCCCUCAUGUGUGGUGGUGUGACGGUGUGGUCUCCGCUCAAGGACAACAAGUGCGGGCCUGGCAAGAACGUCGGCAUCGUCGGCGUCGGCGGCCUGGGUCACUUUGCCGUGCUCUUCGCCAAGGCCAUGGGCGCCGACAAGGUGGUUGGCGUGUCGAGGCGCGAGUCCAAGCGCAAGGAGGUCAUGUCCCUGGGCGCCGACGACUACAUCGCGACCGAGGACGAGAAGGACUGGGAGAAGCACCACCGCCGCAGCCUGGACCUCAUCAUCUGCACCGUCUCGCACACGGGCAUGCCGCUCGACAAGUACCUGAUGCUGCUCAAGCCCAACGGCAUCCUGAUCAACGUCGGCGUCCCCGAGGGCGGCGCCCUGCCCAACCUCAACGCCUUCACCCUCGUCAUCAACGCCGUCAGCGUCGGCGGCAGCCUGAUCGGCAGCCCCAGCGAGAUCCGCGAGAUGCUCGAAUUCGUCGCCGAGCACAACAUCAAGCCCCUGAUCGAGACCAGGCCGAUGAAGGAGGCCAACCAGGCCAUCCUCGACAUGGAGCACGGCAAGGCCAGGUACCGCUACGUGCUGGUCAACGAGGACAACGAGUAAAGUAGCGUCGAUCUCUGGCGUGAUGACAUGAGCAAUGAUAUCUCUGAUUUUUUCUUAUCUUUUUGUUUUUUUCCUAUGGUGUUGGGUCAGUCAUGGACGGGAGAAAAAAAAACAAGAUCAAGUUCCGUAGCGGGUGUACUAUGGUGUUGUUUGGUAUAGACUUUGGCGGGCGUUUGACAACUGUGUAUAGAGACGAGUCGGAUUUAAUCGAAUGUGAAAACAUGACGCGUCGUCCCGGAGGUAUUAAGUGUGUAAAAGAUUCAGUCGAAGCUGGG